AUGUUGAACAUUUUCAUAACCAUCGCUUUUUUAUUUGCAAGCGUUCUUAGUAAAAAUAUCAUUUUAACUAACGAUGAUGGGUUUACUGCAACAAAUAUUCGUAGCACAUAUAAGGAAUUGACAAAUGCAGGGCACAAUGUUUUAUUAGUAGCACCUGUUUCCCAAAGAUCUGGUUGGUCUGGUAAGUUCGAUGUUCCAGCAACAAAGGAUUUAUUAAUUGAUGGUGAAUUUGGCUAUAUCCAAAAGGGCCAACCAUCAUGGGGUCACGAAGCUGACAACAUGAAUAUCUGGUAUUUUAACGGUACACCAGCUAGUUCCGUGUCUUUCGCGUUGAACUAUGUUAUUCCACAGUUCUUCAAUUCAACAGACAGUCAGGACAACAAAACUGUUAUCGAUAAAGUCGAUUUAGUCGUUUCGGGUCCUAAUGAAGGAACCAACUUAUCACCAGGAUACUUCACAAUUUCAGGAACCAUUGGGGCUGCUACUAGCUCUCUUUAUAGAGGGAUUCCUGCUAUUGCAUUUUCAGGUUCUAAUUCUAAUAAUUCAUUUUUCAAGGAUUCUUUGAACGAUGAUCCAUUGGAGCCAUCCAAUAUUUAUGCUAAAAAGAUUGUUGAAUUCGUUGAUGAUCUUUUUGACAAACAAGGUGACAAUUCAGUCUUGCCAUUAGGAACUGGUAUCAAUGUCAAUUUUCCAAAAGUUGGUUACGAAUCUGAUAACGAUGAGUGUACUGAUCCCAAAUGGAUUUUCUCUAGAUUGUCUGGGGAAGGAGCAAGUGCACCAGAUGUAUACUACGAUGAAGAAUCAGAUUCCAUUAAGUCUGUCACUGUACCAUUGAGAGGAUUAAUUAAUUGUUUCAAUGGUGACUGUUCCUUACCUUCUGAGAGCUUUAUCUUAGCUAAUACCACUUGCCAGACUUCAGUUAGUGUCUUCAAUAUAGAUUAUGAUGCCAAUACCGAAUUAACCAACUCAGUAAAAACUUUGUUGGAACCUAUUUUGAAUUAA